AUGUACGGCAACGACAUUGGAAGCUUGCGGUUGGAGUUUUUGGCUAGCAGACGCUGGACAACGCUUUGGCUGCGAGAAAGUUCUCAAGGGCCGGGCUGGAAAACCGACUACGUUGCCAUUCCGCAGGAUGCGGAGGUUUUGCGGUUCGUGGGCAUCACUGGCAAUGCUUCGAUUGCUUUGGACGGCCUCGGUGUUGGUGUCGGCGUACCUGUUCUGGGCCUGGAAGAGCUCGCCUGCGAUUUUGCAUGGGACACAUGCAGAUGGCUCAACACGGGCAAUGCCAGUUGGCAGCGUGCCAGUGGCCAGGGCAGCGGUGGGUGGUUGGAGGCGGACGGCAAUGUCUCCGACGGGCAGGCGUUCAUCAUCGAAAGCCCGAUCUUCACUCCUAACGCCGCAGAGAAGGGUCUGGUCUUUUCGUACAUGCUGACUGGAUUGAGCCCAGUGUUGGAGGUCGAGCACAAGACAGAGUUCGCGAACUGGUCGACCUUGUUUGCAGACAGCGGAGACACGGGCGCGACGGGCGCGGCUUGGAAGGGUAGUUCCAUCCGAGUGCCCGAAGGCACGGUGGGCCUUCGGCUCCGAGCCAGCCUUGCUGCAGGGGAAAAAGCGACAGUUGGUGCGGUCUCCAUUGCGGAGGUUGUGUCCAGCUUCGCAAAUAUGACCUGCAGCUUCGAAGUCGAUCAUUGCGGGUGGUUCUCAGGUCCUGGUGUCUGGCAGCUCGCUGGGACACAAUCGGGUGUCACGGGCCCCGAUGCAGCCUUCCGCAGCGACUCUUACACUGCCACCGCAGUCCGAAUGAGCAGCGAUCUGACUCCAGAGGCCAUCCUGACGAGUCCCGUGUUCCCCGCAGCCGCCAGCAAGUUCUACUUGGAGUUUGCUUAUCACAUGACGGGCCAAGGGAUAAGAAGCCUGGAGCUUUUGUACCUUCAUCGAGGCCAUUGGUCACGGCGCUGGUCACGCCGUGGUUCUCAAGGCACCGCCUGGCAGCAAGCAAAGGUCAUCCUGCCCGCAGGCACGGAGAUGCUGCGCUUCGUGAGCAUCUCUACGGAUUGGUAUUUUGGAGUGUUUGCCUUGGACUCGCUGGUCGCCUGGGCGCCCGCAGGUUCAGGUCCAGUGCCUCUGGUUCCCUUCUCACUGUAUACAAGAAAUGACCACAACUGUGCCAUCAUCUGGGCGCGUGGUGGUUUGAAGUGUUGGGGAAGCGGAAGAGAUGGCCGUACUGGCUACGGCGCCACAGUCAAGCUCGGCGACGGCCCUGGAGAGAUGGGUGUCGACCUUCCCUUCGUGGAUCUGGGUGGCCAAAAGCCGGUGCAGAUGAGUUGUGGAAAUUGGUUCAAUUGCGUUGUGCUCGAUGGCGGAACAGUGAGCUGCUGGGGAGGUCAAGGCUCGCAAGGGCAGCUCGGGGACGGCUCAGGCACAAGAAUUGGCGACGAGCCCAUGGAGAUGGGAAGAAAUCUGCCCACGGUGGAUUUGGGGACGGGAGCCGUCGCGCUCGAGGUCGCUGCCGGCAUUUAUCAUGUCUGUGUGUUGCUGCGCGGUGGUUCCGUAAAGUGUUGGGGACGCGGAUUCAGCCUCGGCUUGGGUGACACGCUGACUCGUGGCGCUCUGCCCGAGCACAUGGGCGAUCGGCUCCCCUUCGUCGACCUCGGGACUGACUUCCACGCUGUGCAAAUCAUCGUAGGGGGUGAGCAUUCUUGUGCAUUGUCAAGCCAAGGCAAGGUCAAGUGCUGGGGAAGAGGUCCCGCCGUCGGCCUGGGCUUAGAUUGGGAUCAGAAUUUCCAAUACACAAAUAUUUGGGAUCAGAGAGUGGGGACCUCGCCCGGCCACAUGGGCGACCAGUUGCCCUUCUUGGAUUUGGGCCUCGAAGUUCUGCAGAUCACUGCAGGCAACUUCCACACCUGUGCAGUGCUGGCGGAUCACUCCUUGAAGUGCUGGGGCAAUAACCAUUAUUCCGCGCUGGGCCACGGUACCGGCGUGAACGAUGUUGCGACUGUACAAGUGGAUGCAAACCUCCCCAAGACUCUGCUGGGCAGCGGCGUGUCCGUCAUGAAGGUGGUAGGUGGCAUAAGCCACACCUGUGCCAUCCUGCAGGAUGAGACUCUGAAGUGCUGGGGCCGAAAUCACAAUGGACAGCUCGGACAGGGAAGCGUGGAGCUUUUGGGCAGUCGGCCGGAACACAUGGGCGAUGCCUUGCCCGCCGUCGACCUGAACAAUCUCGGAGUACGCGAGGUCAUCGCGGGUGCUUCUCACACCUGCGUGCGGCUGGAGGAUGACAGCACACGUUGCUGGGGCCUCAACACCGAUGGCCAGCUUGGCCUUGGGCACACCGAGAAAGUGGGUGAUGACCCCGGCGAGAUGGGAGCAGCCCUCGUGCCCGCCGAGCUCUUUGAGAAAGAAAAGCCGGGUGCUGGCCUUGAGGGUCUGAGUAUUGGCGGAGGCUCAAGCGAGGGCUGGCUGCUGCUGCAGCACAACGGCUCUUUUGGGCUGGUCUGUGACGAUGGCUUCACGGAUGCCACAGCGCAGGCGGCCAUUGGCAUGUGUUUCCAGAUAAGCAGGAAGGGUACUUUGUUCAUCGCCGGGCUUCUACAUCUCUUGCAAAGCUUUUGA